AGGGAGAGAUGGGUCACUCAUAACAACAUUCCAGCGGAACAUAUGUUUUCAGCACUGUGUUAUUUAAGUGAGGGGGGUUGAACUUACUGAUUAAUUAACCAUGCAAGAAUAGUUCUAGUCUGUUUCAUGGCGCUCGUUGGCUGAUUUAUUAAGAUUUUCAUGUCGCCGUUUGUUUGCUUCAGACAUAUUGGGCUGUUUCCAGGUGUCUGUCUUUAAAACCCCGCUGUUCUCCGGGCUGUGAGCCGAGGGGGGAUUUCUAUCUCGCCGUUUUCCUGUUGCUGAGGGUAUUACAUAACAUGGCGGUAAGCUGUUGAUGUAGGUCAGAGCCAAAACACCGGAUCUGUCCCUCUCUGUUUUGCACAAAAAAUUUGUGUUCUUUUUAUUUUUGGGGGGGAAAUCUCGCUCGACGGCGCAGAUCUGUUGGUAGCAUUGUUAGCUUUAUUUUACAAUGGGAAUCAGCAGGAUACACAUUAGCAUAGGCUAUGCUACCUUCGGUACUCUGGUAGGAUUUUCAGCCUUCCUGGUCUGGAAUAUCGCCUAUAAACAGCCAUGGACGGCGGCCAUGGGAGGCCUGUCGGGCGUUCUGGCGCUCUGGGUUCUGGUCACACACAUCAUGUACCUGCAGGACUACUGGCGCACCUGGCUCAAGGGCCUCAAGUUCUUCAUCGUCGUCGGUGUGCUCUUCUCCGUUCUGGCUGUGGCUGCCUUCUUCACCUUCCUGAGUCUGGCCAUCACACAGAAACAAUCUCUGACUGACCCGCGGACCCUCUACCUGUCCAGCGUGUGGAGCUUCCUGACGCUCAAAUGGUCCUUCCUGUUGGCCUUGUACUCUUACAGAUACCGCCAGGAGUUUGCCGACAUCAGCAUCCUCAGCGACUUUUAGCCAGGAGGAUUUUUUGGGGUUUCUUUUUUUUUUUUUUUUAGACUUCAGUGAAAGUUUGAAGGAUUUAGGAAUGCCAGCACGAGCUGGACUCUGAGCUUUUGGAUGAAAAGCAAACGUGGCUGAUAUGGAGGCCAUGUGACUUUUACCACACAGAGAUGCGCUUGUUGCACUCACUUGACGAGCUCUUUUCCUCCUCUUGUAAGCGGUUCUACCUAACCACGGGUUCUAGCUGAAGGGGGGGUGGUGUUUGUGCAGACAGACUGCUGGAAACGAAGAGGAGAUUUUAUCCCUGGAACGUUUCAUUCUAAAAACAACUUGUGCGUAAGGAAGCGCCCACCGUGGUGGUGUCGUGAAUCCGUAGUUUAACACGAAGAGAUCCUCGGAAACCAAAACGACCGGAAAGCCCGCGUCUGGCCGGUUGAUGGUGACUUCUGGAGGUGCAGCUAAGGAAAUCGCCACCUAAUGCUGGUUUCUGAUCAUCCAUGGGUGUCAUGACAGCAGAUGUUUAGACGUGUGUGUGCCGCUGAUGUUGAAUUAGUUUCCGUACCAAAAGAAGAAGAAAGAAAAAAAAAAAGCUAAUUUGCUGAAAUUAGCGGUUGAACAUUUAAUAGUUUAGAGUGGGCAAAACGAGUAUUAUCUAUGUCAGUGUUUUUCUCCAUCAAUAUUCUGUUGACAUGAAAUGCAUUCUUGACACUGAUAGCAACCUAAGUGAUAAACCAACACAAAUGAAUCAUUUAAAACGUUUUUUUCCAUACGUUGUAUGGAGUAAAGUGGAAUGGCACAGAGAAGUGUUGCGGUCGCUUCCUGAAAUUUCUGUUUCGCACUUUUUUUUUUUUUAGCAAUGGAAACUUCCAGAUAUCUCCAGUAUGGAGAAACCUGUUAAGUUCAUUGAUUUAUUUUAUUAUUUUUAAAAUAUUUUUCCACUAGUUGCAACAGGUAUGUUUUCUGGCCAUGUUCUCGGCUUUCUCUUCCUUUCUGUGAAUACGACCAGGAGUUUGUGGGACUGUUCAGAUUCUUAUCAAGGAUCUCUAGUCCUCCCUCCUUCAGUCACAGGAGGUCUGCCUCUACCGCGUUAGGGAUGGAUUUAUUGAUAUCAGGAAAUGAUUAUUUCUCCUAUAAUAAUGCUAAACACUAACUGAUGGCUAACCCUUAAGACUGAUGGCGCGGUUGGGAUCGCUACCGGUCAAACUUUAUUUCCUUCUUUUUGAUCCAAGAGAUUCUGUUGUAAAAGCUGCCUUUACGUUCCAAAAAUCCCAUUUCAUGCUACAGCUGGGUACUUUUUAGCAGUACUGUGGCGUUGAUGAAUGAAACUGGCUUGGUUGAUGAGUAUAUUCUGCUACGUUUUUGUGCCGUUCCACUGCAUAUGAAUUGCACAUCAUUAGGUGUGUCAAAAAUAUAUUGGCUGAGAAAUACACGGAUGUAGUCGAUACCUCUUUUUCCCCCCUGCUGUUAAUGAAAUGCUCAUGUUUUUCAUUGAAGGUUAGUUUUGAGCUACAGUAUCACUACAGUUUAAAAGAAAAAAAAAUAGACCUGACCAUAAAGCAGAAAAUGUGUCUGAGGAGGCCUUUCGCAACGACUCCACCAAUGCAUUGCGCAACAAAACACUUGCAUGUGAGAAGGGGGCAUUUUUGGCUUCGUAGUUCCUCGAUUUCAGUUGUCCUGAAAUUACUUUGAAUUAUUUUCUACAUUGCUGUUAGGAAAUGUGCGACGUAGCUUCUCCCUGACGAAAUGUCCACGUACACUUUGCAUUCGUAUCGUGUUUUAUUUUUAGUCACAACUCUAAGCCACUCCACUUCUCGUUACUAUCCAACAUUCAGAGCUCCUGCAGUGUUUUUUAUUUUAUUUUAUGUUAUUAUUAUUUGGUUAUCACGCUCCUUUAGAACGUCACAGUUAAUAUUCAGUCCUAUCGAUUGCUGUGACGUCCUUAUCAGCUUCCCUGCAUCCUUUUUAAAAAAGGCACUCUUUGAAGUACAGGCGCUCUAAUUUCAAGCUUUAUUCCUCUGACAAAUGUUAACGUGGUCGGAUUACUAAUGCCAUUAAUACGGGAUGCUGUAACGUGUCUUCUUCUACCGCGCUUUAAGAAAGGAUUCUCCUGCAAAGUGUGCGUUUCUCUAUUUGCACCACAAGGUGGAGACGUGUUUUCACUGAAAACACUUUCUGAUACUCUUUAACAUUCCUGUUUUGAAGAAAACACAAAUGGAUUCGACGCAGAAUUGCACUUUAGUCAACGACGUCCACGCUCUUGUUUUGCACACAGGCUGUCAUUUCUGUCUCACCCCUCAACCGUAAUAAAACCCACUAUAUGUAACAUUCAACUUUCUGUCAGUUUGAUUUCACUCCUGCAGUUAAACCAGUCCUGGUUAUUGGUUUCAUCUGUUGUUCGUGUCUAACUUUUUUUUUUUUUUUUUUUUAAAUCAUGAAACAUGUACAGUAUUUUUGUCGGUGGUUGCAUGUGAGGAAAAACUACAAGUACAAACCAAACGUAUUAAAGAUGCAUCUAUUGUUGUUUCUGUCAUGUCAAGUCUUCAUUAAUAAAGCAAAGAUUUAGCAGCA